GGGAACCGGAAGAGGAAGUGAUUGACACCGCCCCCGCCGCCGCAAUGCAGAGGGAGGAAAAACAGCUUGAGGCAUCAUUAGAUGCAUUGCUGAGUCAAGUGGCUGAUCUGAAGAACUCACUGGGGAGUUUCAUUUACAAGCUGGAGAACGAGUAUGACCGGCUGACCUGGCCAUCUGUCCUGGACAGCUUUGCCUUGCUUUCUGGACAGCUGAACACUUUGAACAAGGUCUUGAAGCAUGAAAAGACACCACUGUUCCGCAACCAAGUCAUCAUCCCUCUGGUGUUGUCCCCAGACCGAGAUGAAGAUCUCAUGAGGCAGACUGAAGGACGGGUACCUGUUUUCAGCCAUGAGGUGGUCCCUGACCAUCUGAGAACCAAGCCUGACCCUGAGGUCGAAGAGCAAGAGAAGCAGCUGACCACGGAUGCUGCUCGCAUUGGUGCUGAUGCAGCACAGAAACAGAUCCAGAGCUUGAACAAAAUGUGCUCAAACCUUCUGGAGAAAAUCAACAAAGAGGAACGAGAAUCAGAGAGUGGAGGUCUCCGGCCGAACAAGCAGACCUUUAAUCCAGCAGACACCAAUGCCUUAGUGGCAGCUGUUGCCUUUGGAAAGGGGCUGUCUAACUGGAGGCCUUCAGGCAGCAGUGGUCCUAGCCAGCCAGGCCAGCCGGGAGCUGGAACAGUCCUCGCAGGAGCCUCAGGAUUACAGCAGGUGCAGAUGGCAGGAGCUCCAAGUCAGCAGCAGCCAAUGCUCAGUGGGGUGCAGAUGGCCCAAGCAGGUCAGCCAGGGAAAAUGCCAAGUGGGAUAAAAACCAACAUCAAGUCGGCUUCCAUGCAUCCCUACCAGCGUGGACAAGUUUGAAAAACAGCGCAAAUUUCCUGGAAAAGCAAGUCUAGUUUUUUGUGAUCUAGCUCCCUGACUUCUCCUAACUUAAUUUCUGUACUGUCCUACUGCCCACUCUGUUCCCACAUUGUACAAACUGCUUGAUGUUUCCUGAGUGUAAUUCUCUUUGGCCUCCCAUUCCUUUAUUCCCACUUUUCCCUCUGCACAGAACAUUUUGUCCCAUCAUUCUGUGAUGAAUAUCCAAUUGUCUUUCAAAAUUCAGCUCACAGGUCACACUCUGAAGCUUUCCAAGAAACCUGUCUGUCCACAGCCCAGUGCCAUUCCCACUAGGUGCGGUCAAUGACCUGCUCUUUUAUGCUCUACAUAUGUACCUUGUACAAACUUAUUCUAGCUCCUGCUGUUCUUUAUUGCCCCCCAAGUUCAAGCACCCUGCACUGUCAAAGUUUGAAUCCAAUUAUUCUAUCUGAGAGCUAUAGUUUCUUUGGCAAGAAAUGUGCAUGCCUGG